AUGGAGGGAGGGCUCCACGUGGACUGGACGCUGCGCACGUGCUGCGAGCGCGGGCAGUGGAUAACUGUCGGAAUUAUUUCCGGCUGGCUGGUUGUCUCGCUGCUUCUUUGGCACUGCUCCAUCGGCGGCUACAAUGUCCUCCUGCCCAUGAAGAUGCUCACCGUCUUCUUUCACGAGUUCGGGCACGCGACCGCCGCCUGGCUGACGUGCGGCCGCGUUCACGGCAUCGAAGUCAACAAGAAUGAAGGCGGCGUGACGCGGACGACGGGCGGCUCGCGAUUCAUCAUCUUGCCAGCGGGUUACUUGGGGUCGUGUUUCUGGGGCAUGUUUUUCUUGUUGACGGCGUCGAUCAACGUGUGGAGUCUGCGGGUCGGCGCGGGCGUCCUGUGUUCCGCGAUGCUUCUGGUUCUGCUCUGCUUCGCCCGCAACUGCGCGCUGCGCCUCGUCUGCAUCUUCUUCCUCACAGUCGUUGUCGGCAUGUGGGUGUGGACGGAGCUCGCGAAGACCGUCUGGCCGCUGCGCGUCGUCGUCCUCUGCAUCGGCGUGAUGAACGGCGUGUACAGCUUGUGGGACAUCUGGGACGACACGAUCCGCCGAAAAGUCGCGGAGAGCGACGCGUACAAGUGCGCCGACAUCACCCACUGCAGCAGCAGACUCUGCGGACUCGUCUGGGCGCUCGUCGCCCUGGGAUUCAUGGGCGCCACCGUCUACUUGCUCCUCGUCAUCAAGGAAGUCGGAAACGAGCGCUUCGAGUAA